CUAAUCGAAUUUGAUUUCUUCCGUGAAAAUACCGAACAACCCUUGUUGUCUGUCCUCAAUUCAAUUAACCUGGACAUAUUCUUUGCACUCCUCAGAUAUCCAUAAAAGAUAGAAAUUUUUUUGCGUCUCUUCAAAGCUUUUCCUUCAUUCGGUUUUACAGAGAGUAAAAAUGGGUUCUGUUGGCAAGGAUGAUAGAGAGGAAGUUAUACAGGCAUGGUACAUGGAUAACAGUAAUGAAGAUCAGAGACUACCUCAUCACCGUGACCCCAAGGAGUUUGUGUCCUUGGAUAAACUCGCUGAACUUGGAGUGCUCAGCUGGAGAUUAGAUGCUGACAAUUAUGAAACAGAUGAAGAGUUGAAGAAGAUCCGUGAAACUCGUGGAUAUUCUUACAUGGACUUCUGUGAGGUUUGCCCUGAAAAAUUGCCCAAUUAUGAGGAGAAGAUCAAGAAUUUUUUUGAAGAACAUCUUCACACAGAUGAGGAGAUCCGCUACUGUGUUGCAGGGAGCGGUUAUUUUGAUGUUCGUGAUCGUGAUGAGGCUUGGAUCCGCAUUUGGGUGAAGAAAGGAGCAAUGAUUGUUCUGCCUGCUGGAAUAUAUCACCGAUUUACGCUGGAUUCAGACAACUACAUUAAGGCAAUGCGGCUCUUUGUUGGUGAUCCUGUUUGGACUCCGUUCAAUCGCCCUCAUGAUCAUCUUCCUGCCAGGAAACAGUACGUUGACAAUUUUGUGCAGAAGGAUGUUGCUGGUCAUGCAGUUGAUGCUGCAGCUUAAACCCCUCUUUUACAUUUUAAAAACUUGGGAAACUGUCGGGUCUGUGAGUAUAAACUUAUCCGUAUAGACUUGCUGUGUUUGUGCAGCUUUAGUUGGACGAAUGGCUUGCGUGGUAUAAAAUAAAAUAUAUUUUAAAUUGCUGCCUUAACCGGAUACAGAGUGAAAGUAUGUAUGGAAUUUGUACUCUUUUUGAGUAUGACACAUCAUAUGCGGGGUACUAUAUACAAAUGUAUCGAUUAAUCCAUUGGUUUUAUGUCUUGUGAAGUUGUUCCUUUGGGUAUGUUGACACAUUAUAUUGUAUAGGACUAGAUAAGAAUAAUUGAAUAAAGGAUAAGGUAUGUGUGAGAGAAUUUUGUA